AUGUCAGAAUCGAGCGCCAAACUCCAGGAUAUAUCGUCAUCAUCCAUUAAAACUUCUAACAUACCUACCGAAAUUGUUUCUUCUGAUAGUAAUGAAAGCGGUAAAGAGCAAACAUCAAAGAUAUCAGAAUCGAGCACCAAACUCCAGGAUACAUUAUCAUCAUCCAUUAAAGCUUCAAACAAAUCCACUGAAAUUUUUUCUUCUGAUAGUAAUGAGAGCGGUAAAAAAGAGCAAACAUCAAAGAUAUCAGAAUUAAAUACUAAACUCCAGGAUACAUCAUCAUUAUUUAUUAAAGCUUCCAACAAACCCACCAGAUUUGUUUCUUCUGAUAAUAAGAGUGGUAAAGAGCAAACAUCAAAGGUACCAGAAUCGAGUGCCAAACUCCAGGAUACAUCAUCAUCAUUAUUUAUUAAAGAUUCCAGGAACAAACCUACCGGAUUUGUUUCUUCUGAUGAUGAGAGCGGUAAAGAGCAAACAUCAAAGGUACCAGAAUCGAGUGCCAAACUCCAGGAUACAUCAUCAUCAUUAUUUAUUAAAGAUUUUAGGAACAAACCCACCGGAUUUGUUUCUUCUGAUGAUGAGAGCGGUAAAAAAGAUCAUCAACCAAGUAAAAAGAAAUCCAAGAUGCCCGAGAAGUCUAAGAAAUCAUCUUCCAUUAAAGCUUCUAACAAAUCUACUGAGGUCAUUUCUUCCAAUGAUGAAAGCCACCAACCAAAAAAAAAUAGCAAGAAUAGCAAAAAGAAAUCCAAAUCUAAGAAGUCUAAGAAGCAAAGAAAACGAAAACAAUCAACUUCUUGA